AUGAUUAACGUUCUUUUACCAGGAAGAGAUGUACCUUCAGAGUUCGAUCACCGAGCCAGAGGAAACUCCUUGACAGUUCCUCAUUCUGGUUUCGUCAGUUUUAAGGUUUGCCUCGUGAUUUCACGAAACCCUCGGAAAAACAGAGACUAUGUAAAUUCACAGCUAUUGAGCUGUCGCAUAUUUGGCAAAGACGACUUAUACCCCAUUGACAGGGAAUUCUACGUAGGUAAUGCCUUGGACUAUCGAGCGGAACAUCUGUUUAUAUUUCACUCUCGCCUACUUGACGAACGUAUCGUUGACCUUCUUAAAUCGAAGAGAGAGAUAAGGUUCGAAUUCAGCAACACAUCCAGUGUCUUUGACAUUAUCGAGUGUGGUGCCAAGAUCUGGACCCAGCAAAACAUCAAAGGGAGCUACGAAUCUGGAUUAGAACAAGUGUUAGAAGACGAAAUUGAGCUUGAGCCCAGCGAAGCCUUUGAAGACGACGUUGAGCCUUUGAAGACGACACCGAACACAGUGAACCUACAAAUGGAGUAA